GAAAAAUGAACGCUUCCACCGUAUGUACCCAAUCAGUUUAACAGCUAAAAGUUUAACUCAAGCGAAUUAGAUUAAGUCAAGUAAUUAAAAUAUAGAAAAGAAGCGUCCGUUGCCAUCGACUGCUGGAGAUGAUUGUAUUGUAUGACGCUGUCCCAGAGGACUAGGUUUCCAUGAAGCUUCGCCAGACAGUUACAGGGGACCAGGCCGAAAGCAGGACCAACCUUCCCCCGGACCUAAACAUUCAGCACAGCCCUUGCAACAGGCAGAAGAAGAAAGCGUGAUGCCUCUAGGACGCGUUGACAACCCGUUGGUAGUUUGGAGGAGUUCGGUUUUUAACGUCGUACCGCGAGGCAGAGCAUUGACCAUGGCGGGGGCGAACGGACCAUUAUUUGAUGCCGAGCAGUUCGACCAUACACCAGCGAUGGAAGGCAUGGGGAUCCAGGCACCAUAUCACACAGAGUACACUGGGAAAGACGGGGAUUGUGGUGAUGACGGUUAUGGGGGAGCCACAAUUCCUCCCUGGGAGCCAGACAACACGAGCCACACCACCAGUUACACGGCCAGCACCAGUCAGCCACUGAACAACGGAUCUGCGUUCAUGCAGCGACCUCUAGCGACGCACGAAACACCUACGCUAGGGUCUAGAGGUAACAUGGGUAAGAAAGGCCAUCGCCCGACCUCGACCGGACUCUACAUGAGAGUCAACGAACAAACGGUGCCCUUUCAACGCCUACGGCAGGCUCCGCACCCAAAACUCAACGAACUUCAGAACUCUAGUCGAAUGAAACGACGCUUGACUGCAGGAAAGGGAAUAGGGUGUGUGGACAAGGCGCCAAUCUCGUCCGAAUAUGGCUCGAUGUACACCAAGACGUACGGAGCAGCACCAAGGUCGUCACCGGGUUCUUACAAGAACAAGGUUUACUGGUAUGAAGACAAGCUACAGAAGGUCACGUCCAAACCACUCCGGGUAUCAUCCAAGGCUCCUGUGUAACAGCUGAACACCAAGCAGUCGAUGAAACAAAUUAUCAAAAGAGGCGAUAUUUCUUUCGAAAUUAUUUUUCAGUUGAUGACAGUGUUAACUUGAGCCCAAACUGUACCAAUCAUACAAAUUAAGGCAGUUCAAUAUGAAUAUAUUAUCGUAAAACGUUGAAAAAGAGAAAGGCGGGACUUUUCACACACUUGU